AAUGGGGGUGUCGCCGCCGCCCAGUCAGCUCCGUGUCCACCGAUCCUCCGCCGGUGCCGCGCUGUCGUUGCGGCGCCCCCGUCCAGCCCUCUGUCCGCGCGGUCUCCAGAACCGGCCGGCGGGGCCCGGAGUUAGGGCCACGUCCCGCCAUGCCGGCCCGGUGGCUGUUGCUCCUGCUGGCGCUGCUGCUACAGCCGCCCGGCCCCGGGAGUUUUGGAAGAGCCAGCACAGUAACACUGCCUGAGACCUUGUUGUUUGUCUCAACCCUGGAUGGAAGCUUGCAUGCUGUCAGCAAGAGGACGGGCUCCAUCAAGUGGACUUUAAAAGAAGAUCCAGUCCUGCAGGUCCCGACACACGUGGAAGAGCCUGCUUUCCUCCCAGAUCCCAAUGAUGGCAGUCUGUACACACUUGGAGGCAAGAACAACGAAGGCCUGACGAAACUUCCCUUUACCAUCCCAGAAUUAGUUCAGGCCUCCCCAUGCCGAAGUUCAGAUGGAAUCCUCUACAUGGGUAAAAAGCAAGAUAUUUGGUAUGUUAUCGACCUCCUGACUGGCGAGAAGCAGCAGACUUUGUCAUCGGCCUUUGCUGAUAGUCUCUGCCCAUCAACUUCCCUUCUAUAUCUUGGACGGACAGAGUACACCAUCACCAUGUAUGACACCAAGACCCGGGAGCUCCGCUGGAAUGCCACCUAUUUUGACUAUGCAGCCUCACUGCCGGAAGAUGACGUGGACUACAAGAUGUCCCACUUUGUGUCCAAUGGCGAUGGACUGGUGGUAACUGUGGACAGUGAAUCUGGGGAUGUCUUGUGGAUCCAAAACUAUGCCUCUCCUGUGGUGGCCUUCUACAUCUGGCAGCGGGAGGGCCUGAGAAAGGUGGUGCACAUCAACGUUGCUGUGGAGACUCUACGCUACUUGACCUUCAUGUCUGGGGAAGUGGGGCGCAUCACCAAGUGGAAGUAUCCAUUCCCCAAGGAGACAGAGGCCAAGAGCAAGCUAACGCCUACUCUGUAUGUUGGGAAGUAUUCCACCAGCCUCUAUGCCUCUCCCUCAAUGGUGCAUGAGGGGGUUGCUGUCGUGCCUCGAGGCAGCACUCUUCCUUUGCUGGAAGGCCCCCAGACAGAUGGUGUCACCAUUGGAGACAAAGGAGAGUGUGUGAUCACUCCCAGCACAGACCUCAAGUUUGACCCUGGACUCAAAGGGAAGAGCAAGCUGAACUACUUGAGGAAUUACUGGCUUCUCAUAGGACACCAUGAAACUCCUCUGUCUGCAUCCACCAAGAUGCUGGAGAGAUUUCCUAACAACCUGCCCAAACAUCGAGAAAAUGUGAUUCCUGCUGAUUCAGAAAAAAGGAGCUUUGAGGAAGUUAUCAACAUAGUUGGCCAGACUUCAGACAACACACCGACCACCGUAUCUCAGGAUGUGGAGGAGAAGCUCUCUCGUGCCCCUGCCAAGCCUGAGGCCCCCGUGGACUCCAUGCUCAAGGACAUGGCUACGAUUAUCCUGAGCACCUUCCUGCUGGUUGGAUGGGUGGCGUUCAUCAUCACUUAUCCCUUGAGCAUGCAUCAGCAGCGUCAGCUCCAGCACCAACAGUUGCAGAAGGAGCUGGAGAAGAUUCAUCUCCUGCAGCAGCAGCAGCUGCCCUUCCAUCCACACGGAGACCUUGCCCAGGACCCCGAGUUCCUGGGUUCAUCUGGCCCCUUCUCAGAGAGCUCGGGCACCAGCAGCCCCAGCCCAUCCCCCAGAGCCUCCAACCACUCCCUCCACUCCAGCAGCUCUGCCUCCAGGGCCGGCACCAGCCCCUCUCUGGAGCAGGAUGAUGAGGAUGAGGAAACCAGAAUGGUGAUUGUUGGGAAAAUUUCAUUCUGCCCCAAGGAUGUCCUGGGUCAUGGAGCUGAGGGCACAAUUGUAUACAAAGGUAUGUUUGACAACCGAGAUGUGGCCGUGAAGAGGAUCCUCCCUGAGUGUUUUAGCUUUGCCGACCGUGAGGUCCAGCUGCUUCGAGAAUCAGACGAGCACCCAAAUGUGAUCCGCUACUUUUGCACAGAGAAGGACCGGCAGUUCCAGUACAUUGCCAUUGAGCUGUGUGCAGCCACCCUACAAGAGUAUGUGGAGCAGAAGGACUUUGCCCACCUUGGCCUAGAGCCCAUCACCCUGCUUCAUCAAACCACCUCAGGCCUGGCACACCUGCAUUCUCUCAACAUUGUUCACAGAGACCUGAAGCCCCACAACAUUCUCCUCUCCAUGCCCAACGCACAUGGCAGGAUCAAGGCGAUGAUCUCUGACUUUGGCCUCUGCAAGAAGCUGGCAGUGGGCAGGCACAGUUUCAGCCGCCGUUCAGGGGUACCUGGCACUGAAGGGUGGAUCGCCCCAGAGAUGCUGAGUGAAGACUGUAAGGACAACCCUACCUACACGGUGGACAUCUUUUCUGCAGGCUGUGUCUUUUACUAUGUCAUCUCUGAGGGCAACCAUCCUUUUGGCAAAUCCUUGCAGCGGCAGGCCAACAUCCUCCUGGGCGCCUGCAACCUUGACUGCUUCCACUCAGACAAGCAUGAGGACGUCAUUGCUCGUGAAUUGAUAGAGAAAAUGAUUGCAAUGGAUCCCCAGCAGCGUCCCUCUGCAAAGCACGUGCUGAAACACCCCUUCUUCUGGAGCCUGGAGAAGCAGCUCCAGUUUUUCCAGGAUGUAAGUGACCGAAUAGAAAAGGAGGCCUUAGACGGUCCAAUCGUACGGCAGUUGGAGAGAGGCGGGAGAGCUGUGGUCAAGAUGGACUGGCGGGAGAACAUCACUGUCCCCCUGCAGACAGAUCUGCGCAAAUUCAGAACGUACAAAGGUGGCUCUGUCAGAGAUCUCCUCCGAGCCAUGAGAAACAAGAAACACCACUACCGGGAGCUCCCUGUGGAGGUUCAAGAGACGCUGGGCUCCAUCCCAGAUGACUUUGUGCGUUACUUCACUUCCCGCUUCCCCCACCUCCUCUCUCACACCUACCAAGCCAUGGAGCUGUGCAGACACGAGAGACUCUUCCAGACCUACUACUGGCACGAGCCCACAGAACCCCAGCCUCCAGUGAUUCCAGAUGUCCUCUGAGCUAGGGCAGCCCUCUGGUCUGGUGGCCCCAACAAUGACCAUGGGCCCGAUCUCUGCAGUCAUAGUUUGUUGCCUCUGGGAUUAGCAGGAAGACUAAGCUUCUCAAAUCAAGUGCCUUGAGCUGCUGAUCUGCAGCCAGAAGAGGAUACCGCUGAUCCUAGGACGCAGGGGAAGAUGGUCCCUGUGACUACAGAGACCUGAGCAGAUGUGGCCCUGAAACCUUGUAGUGAAGAACGUCUGCGAAGGUGGCCUAUCCCAGAGGCUGCAAAGAGAACAGCAUCAGCCUUUCACCGGAUGAGCUUGCUUCCACUUCGCUUUCUUUCUAAAAUUCCUGUGGGACGGCAUUUUGGGGGGCCUUUCAGUGAGAGUGGAAGAAUCCGGUUUUGCCUGCAUGGUGGAAGCAGCCUGGUUGGGGUAUAGCAUGUGCAGCCUCUGAUAGAAAUGGUUUGAGAGAUGUGGGGUGCUAAGAAAGAGAUGUUCAGAGGUGUUGACAUGGGGAUAGGAGGCACCUCCAAGUUACUGAUAGCCCGUGUUGCCUCAUGCAGCAAGUUGUGAGAGUGGCUUCUGGAGACUAGUUAGCAAUGCUGUGGACACUGACAUGUGCUGUGGGUCUGGAAGAUGAAGCAGACACUCAGUUCUGGAUGUGGUGCUGGCCCAGCACAGUGACCUAAAUAGUGGCCCCUGAUAGGUUGAAUCCUGGCUAUGUGGGCCAGAGAUGAGUUUCCUGGCCACCAGGUGGCAGCUAAGACCAGACAGGGACAGAGACAGGUUGUCAGGGCCAGAGAGGAGCAACUAGAGGGAGCUUCCCAGUCACUCAGAGACGCUCAGAACUAGAAGGUGAGUGAUAUGGUCCCUCUACCCCAGAGGCCAGCAGAUUAGCGCAUCAGUGAAUCAAGGCCCUGGGGGUAGAGAGCCAAGGUCAGGCUACCACAGACUCUGUAGGCCAGCUUUUAUGUUUCUCCUGGCAGGUUUUAAUAAGUGAAUUUUGAUCAUAUUGCAGAAAGCUACAUUUGCAUAAAUAAAUUAAAUGUAGCUUGAUGCUUGUGAAGAAGAAAUGCAAGAUAUAUCUUCUGUAUUAUGUGUUACCAAAAAUCACCAUUCCCUCAAGAAUGUAGACCAUUGUGUAAUGCUGAAGAGGAAGACAUUCUAGCAACACUGUAAACGUAUUAAUGUCAAAGUCAUUACAUCAGUACCAUGUUUCUCUAGGCCUAGUUUUUAAUUUUAGUUCCAAUCAGAAUCUAUUGUCUUCUCCCUUCCAGGAGCCUUAGAGGCUCCUGGAGUCAGGGUCUGUGGGGGAAUCUGUGUAGGAUCCCUGGAGCCAGCCACGGUUUCUAUUGUAUAGCCAUGGGGAGCUGAGGCGAUCAGUGACCUCAGCAGCACUGCACUGACUGGAGUCCUGCCCCUGUGUCCCCUAAGAGGGCUUCUGGGUAUGCUGGUACCAGGGCCACUUACCCAAAGCUCCCCUGCUGCUGUAAAAUUUGAUUUUCUUACUUUCAUGGUGGCCAAAGAGGACUUUUUCUUAACCUCCUACAUCUUUGGACCUCAUGGGUGACCCUGUUUAGACCCUGGAACCUCAACCCCAUGUGUGGCUCCCUGCUCACUUCUUAGCAUAGCCCUUUGUCAGUGGCUGAGAGGUAACAGCCAAGACCAAUGUGAGGAAGAGGAACCAAUGUCACUGGGGGCUGCUGCUCGCCUUGCUCCUCGUGCCUGAGCUCCCCUUUGGGAAGUGCUGAAGUUUUUUAAAGGCUCAACUUUGUGUUACCUUCCAGUUUGAAUGGAGUCAGCUUUUCAAAUGUCUUUGCCGUUUAUCAGAUCAGCUUCUAAUCAAUCAAAUUUCUCAAAGUCCUGUGUUCAUUAUAUUUAUUUGAAAACUUUGUGUAGAGCUAGGUGGGACAUGAGAUGCUUGGGACAAAGAGGAAGAAUACAGGAAGACUUCUGCCUUUGAAGCCUCCUGAGAGUCAGCAGCACACAGUGUCAGGGCAGAAAGAAAACUCUAGGGGUUAGGAUGGGUGUAUAUUUGGGGUUUGCCCUGCUUGUGCCUUAAAACUGUCCCAUCUCGGAAUCAGUCAGGUCUGAUCAGCUCACUUUCUGCCCGUCCUCUGAGUGUGUCAUGAAAGCGCUGUGAGUCUGGAUGCUCAGCCGGAGAUGCUGGCUUUGGGUCAAGGCAGCUCUGUAGCAUUACACAUCCCCAGAGGCUGCAGAUUGUCUACAAGUACAGCAUCUUCAGCUUUAGCAUGGAAUUGAGCUGUGUCUGUGAUGUUGUCUUUGCUUAAACCUUGUCUUGUAUUGAAAUUUCAGUUUUGGAAGUGUGCCGUUUCAUUAGGUACCAAAGCACUUGCACUUUUGGGAACAUAGGUGUCACUUGGUAAAUCACUAGGCCAUCUCGAGACUGAAGGUGAACCUCUGAUUGCAGAGGUGUCCCCUGCUCCCGAUACAGCAGUAGCCACAGGCUCUUCCCAUGAUGCAAUACAGAGAGGAUGGAGGUCAGAGAUCACUGGAUAUGGCUGAGUGGUUUCCACCAAAUUGAGGAUAGGCACGAGACUCUCCUCAGUCCACCUGACUUUGUGGAGGUUUUAUGUGCAUGCGAUUCAGUUAGCUGCAGCAGCUCCUUUUCCCAAAGUAAAAGGCUAAUCAGCUGGUUGCUGCUGUGACUGCUGCAGAGCCAUCUCUGGCUGCAAGCUGUCUUGUGCUGGCCCUUGCUUGUCAUCUGCAGGGCUUUGGUCCCACUCUCCAGCUGUGCCAGGAUUCUUUUGUCUGCUUCUGGGUCUGCUCCGUGUUCACCACUGCCUUCAUCAUCAUGGUCCAGAGGUGUAGCAAGAGCCAGGAGUGCAAGCAGUAGCUACCCUGGAGAGAGCCAUUGAAGUUCACCCUGCUCUGUGGCUGAUUUUCCAGCAGUUCUGUCCUUGCUCAUCCCUCUUGUCUGGAAGCCAUGGUGUUGGCCAUCUGGGGCCUGACAUCAGCUUCAUCUGAAGGUUAUCAGACCUCCACCUGAGGUCUGAAUUCUUUUAAGCCAAAGUGCCUCCUCCCCUCCCCUCCCCUCCCCUC